AUGAAGCAGUUUGAGGGAAUUGAGCAGGGUGAAAAACAAUUUAGAAUGAAGGUUGCAACUAUAAGUAGUACCCACCAUUUAAAUCUUGUGAGAUUGAUAGGGUUCUACUCUGAAGGUCAUCACAGGCUUCUGGUAUAUGAGUUGAUGAAAAAUGAAUCCCUCGAUAAUUUCCUCUUUACAACAGAACAACAGUCUGGAAAAUUCUUGAAGUGGGCACUUGAGGGAAUUAUGGGCAUUUCAGUAUUUAUAUUUGAUGACAUCAACAGGGUGAGCCGCGAGAUGUCUAGCUCUAGUGAACCUAUAGAGGAAUACCGAGUUUUUGUGAAGUCAACUAAGGAUUCUUGGAUGACUAUAUGGUCUUGGACAUGUGAGAUCUUUUUAUGGAUAUGA